AUGAACAGACUAUUCGGUACCAAGAGCACGGCUCCUAAGCCGACUCUUGACAGUGCCAUCUCCAAUGUCGACACUCGAGUCUCCAGCAUAGAUGUCAAGCUAGCAGCACUCAACUCCGAACUCUCCACAUAUCAAACGAAGAUGGCCAAGAUGCGCGACGGGCCUGGCAAGACUGCCCUUCGACAGAAAGCACUCAAGGUCCUCCAACGACGGAAACAAUACGAGUCGCAACGAGAUCAGCUCUCCCAACAAUCGUGGAACAUGGAACAGGCGGGCAUGAUGCAGGAUAAUUUAAAGAAUGUGAUGACUACGGUGGACGCCAUGAAGACCACGACCAAGGAACUCAAGAAGCAAUAUGGCAAGGUCGACAUCGACAAGAUCGAGCAAAUGCAGGAUGAGAUGGCCGAUCUGAUGGAGGUCGGGAAUGAGAUCAAUGAGAGUAUCUCACGGGCCUACGAUGUACCAGAGGAUGUUGACGAGUCUGAACUGGAUGCCGAGCUCGAGGCGCUAGGCGAGGAAUCUAUGUUUGAAAGCAGUAUGGGCGAGAGUGCCAUGCCCAGCUUUAUGCAGGACGAGGUCGCUCCCCCGCAGUUCAUUGAUGAACCACCAGAGCAACAUAAGGUCAAGGAAGCCGCAGGUGGACUUGGUUGA